AUGUUGCUAUUUGUGACUGCUCUUCCCAGCUGUUGCCCACCAGAUGCCCCCAAUGACCUGUUUGAUUUUGCAGAGGAAGUGGACAGUGCAAAAUUGGCCUCGCUGAUGUCUCUGGGCUUUGAGGAAGCAGCGGCCCGGGCAAUGCUGAUACAGUGUGGCCAUGAUGUGGAAGCAGCGGCUGCAAAAUUGUUUGCGAAGCAAUCAGCAUCCUCGUGA